AUGCGCGACGUUCUGCUCCAACAUCCGGCAAAGGUAAGAGACUGGAGAGAGGCUGCGAUACAGCCUGACCGCCUAACGCUAUCAGCGCAGUUCUAUAACGAGGCAUUCUUCAGUCUUCUCAUCUAUAACCCUGCCACGAGUGAGAAUAGCGAGGUCACUGGCAAGAUGCGGUGUCUUUCUCUUUCAAUGUUCCGUGGACGUGCCCGGGCUGGCAGUGUGGACGACUCAGCAUCUCCACCGCCAUACACGGUAUCCGAUGCCAGAGCGGCGGUGCCGGCGCCGAAGACGAGCGGCCACCGAGUCUUCUUCGGCCGCAUCAUCCACAGCAAGUCUCUCAAGGAGGUCGAGAUCCUCCCUCAAGCUAGCCUGGGGGUCGACGACAAGGGCAGGAUUCGCUUCCUGGACGGCAGCGUCGCCUCCGCCGCCGAGGCAUGCGCCAAACACGCGGGCUUCGCCCACGCCGAGACCGUCACGCUGAAGCCGCUGCAGUUCCUCUUCCCGGGGCUCAUCGACACGCACAUGCACGCGCCCCAGUACCCCAACCUGGCGCUGGGCAUGGAGGGCGACCUGAAGGAGUGGUGCGAGAACUGGACGGACCCGAUGGAGGCGUCGUACGCCGACACGUCCAAGGCCCACCGGGUGUACCGCGAGAUGGUGCAGAAGGAGCUCGAGAACGGCAGCACGACGGUGGCGUACAACUCCAGCAUCCACCCGGCCGCGACCAACGUGCUGGCCGACGUGUGCCUGGAGUUCGGGCAGCGCGCGGUCAUCGGCAAGCUGUGCAUCCUGGUGGGCAGCACGCACGGCAACUGGGAGGCGAGCGCGGAGCAGAGCAUCACGGACGAGGCCCAGGUCGUUCGGCACAUCCGCGCCAUCGACCCGGCCGGCGAGCUGGUGAUGCCGUGCAUCCAGCCGCGCGCCGGGUCGUACGUGCCGCCGCACCUGAUGGCCGGGCUGGGCGACCUGUGCCGCUCCAGCGAGCCGGUGCGCGUGCAGGCGCACAUGUGCGAGACGCCGCUCGAGGUGCAGAACAUGCACGCCCUGCACGCCGGGUUCGCCAGCUACGCCGACAUGUACGACCACCACGGGCUGAUGGGCCCGCGCACCAUCCUGGCGCACUGCAUCCACCUGACCGAGCGCGACAUGCAGGUCAUGGCCGCGCGCCGGGUCGGCGUCGCCCACAACGCCAACAGCAACACCUGCCUGACCGACGGCUGGUGCCGCGUGCGCACCCUGCUCGACCGCGGCAUCAAGGUCGGCCUGGGCACCGACUGCUCCGCGGGCUACUCGGUCUCCAUCCUCAACGCCAUGCGCCAGGCCAGCAACGUCUCGCGCCACCUGACCAUCCACACGGGCGACCCGGCCUGGAAGCUCGCCUUCGAGGAGCUGGUCUACCUGGCCACCAUGGGCGGCGCCGAGGUGUGCGCGCUCGACCACAAGGUGGGCAACUUCGAGGUCGGGAAGGCGUUUGAUGCCCUCCUCGUCGACGUCGGGCUGGACGACAACGUCAACACUAACGGGUUCGAGCACGACGACAUGGCCCUGUUGAAGAAGUGGGUAUUUAUGGGCGACGACCGGUCGAUACGGAAGGUGUGGGUGGGUGGCCGACUGGUUGCGGGAAAGGAUUUGAAAGCAUAG